UAAUAAUGUGUGUAAUAAAUAAUCUGUUCGUUCCUCACCCUCCACUGACCCGCACUGGUACAUUGCAGUCAUCUCUUCAUGGCGGACCACUGAGCCCAUCCAAUCAUCAGAAAACUCUGAGCAAUCGCCAGCACUGGCACGGAACUGAUCAUAGCACAGACAGUGACCCCUGCGCAUACAGCCCAACGCCUUUCCAAAACGAACUAAAGUGAAGAAAAAGAAAAAGAAAGGAAA